AUGUCAUCUUCAUUUAAUUCUUAUGUAACAUAUAUUGUACGAUCAAUAGUUUUAUAUAUGGGUAUAUCUACAGUUAUUCUUGGUAUAACUGGAGAUAUAUUUAAUAUAAUAAUAUUUGUUAGUUUAAAAACAUUUCGAGAAAAUUCAUGUACAUUUUAUUUAACAUUAAUGUCAUUUGUAAAUAUUGGCCAUUUAAUAACAGGACAAUUAACUCGUGUUAUGAUGACAGGAUUUAAUACGGAUUGGACUUUAACUUCAUUAUUUUAUUGUAAAUUUCGACAAUUUAGUUUGGAAUUAUUUACAUUAAUUUCUUUAACUUGUUUAUGUUUUGCAACAAUGGAUCAAUUUUUUGCAACUUGUUCUCAUAUUCGAUGGCAACAAUGGAAUAAUAUUAAAUUAGCAUAUCGUUUAUGUGUAUUAUCACGUAUUUUUUGGAUUAUUUAUUGUAUUCCAUAUUUAAUUUUUUAUAAUUUCGAAAUUUCUUCAACAACUGAUGGAAUUACUUGUCAAUUUUCAAAUGAGAAUUUUUAUCGAUAUCAUAAUUAUAUAAAUAAUCUUAUUUUACGUGGUAUUUUACCACUUACAAUAUCAAUUAUAUUUGGAAUAUUAGCUUAUAGAAAUGUUCGACAAAUAUCAUAUCGGACAGUUCCACUUGUUCGACGAGAAUUAGACAAACAAUUAACAAAUAUGGUUUUAAUUCAAAUUAUAUUUAGUUUCUUUUUCCUUUUACCAUAUCUUAUUGCAUCUUUUAUAUCUGUAGUAGGAAAUGCUUUUGAUGAUCCAACUAGUUCUGCUGUUUUUAAAUUAGUAUUCAAUGCUACUGCGUCGAUUUAUUAUUUAAAUUCUGCAUAUCCAUUUUAUAUAUACAUUUGUGUUUCAAAACGAUUUCGUCAACAAUUCAUUUAUACUAUCUUCUAUCUUCGUUGCAAUCGGAAAAAGCAACCUGAAAUAAAUCAAAUAUUACCAAUACAAUCAUAA